CUAUAGACUCUCUUGCCAGUUGCUGUGAGUUAUGGAGAGAGAAAACAGCAGUUGACAGUUGGGGCAAUUGAAGAAGAAGAGUUGGAUGCUGAAGAUGACAACAAUGGAAGGAAAGAAAACAGAACAGAACCAUUAGGAGACAAUAUACAAUGUGAAAGGAAGGAAAGUGGAGAAAGAGAGAACUAGAGUUGAAACUAUCAAGCAACUAAUGUUAUCCUCUCACUCCAUCUGGAUUGUAUUGGGUGAGCGAUCCAAGGUACUGGCACAUCUUAUCAUUCCUCUUUGCCAUUCAGGACAUCAAUGAGGACUCCAGCCUCUUACCCAACCUCACUCUGGGCUACAACAUCUAUGAGACCUAUUUUGAUGGACGGACCACUUCCGAUGCCAUGGUAGAUCUCCUGUCUGGUGGGGAAAACAAUAUUCCAAACUACAAAUGUGGAAGAGGGGAUCACCCAUUGGCUGUUUUUGAAGGGGCUGAAUCUGACAUCUCUAUUCAAAUUUCAGCCAUGUCACGCAUCUACAAAAUCCCACAGCUUCAUGAUUUUCUGAGAAUGUUUUAUAACACUUCCUUGGAGAGACUGUAUUUGGAUGAGAAUGGGGAGAUGGCAGGCGACUUUGAUAUUGUGAAUUGGGUGAUUUUCCCCAAUAGAUCUAAUGGCCGAGUUACCAUUGGGAGCAUCACAGGACAAGCACCCCUUGAUGCAAAAUUCACCAUUCAUCCAGAAGCGGUUGUAUGGCCCCAGCAGUUUAACAAGACCCUUCCUCGUUCCAGGUGUGUUGAAAGCUGUCGACCUGGAUAUGCCAAAAUGAUUCAGGAAGGAAAACCAAUCUGCUGUUAUGCUUGUCGGCCAUGCUUGGAAGGGACAUUCUCCUCUCAAGAAGAUGCAGAUCAUUGCCGGAUGUGUCCAGAAGAUCAGUAUUCAAACAAGGAUCGAGAUCAAUGUAUCCCCAAGAUUAUAACCUUCUUGUCCAAUACAGAAACUUUAGGCAUCAUCUUAACUUCCUUUGCCUUAUUCUUGUCCCUCACUACAGCAUUUGUGUUAGGAACCUUCAUUAAAUACCUAGAAACUCCACUAGUCAAAGCCAACAACCGGGACCUCUCCUACAUUCUCCUAAUCUCCCUCUUACUUUCCUUUUUGUCCUCCUUUCUGUUCCUUGGUCAGCCAGGAAAGGUAACUUGCCUUCUCCGUCAAACUGCCUUCAGCAUCAUCUUCUCAGUUGCAGUCUCCUCUGUGUUGGCAAAAACUAUCACUGUCAUAUUGGCCUUUAUGGCCACCAAGCCAGGGAACAGGAUGAGAAGAUGGCUGGGGAAGAGUUUGGCUAAUUCCAUUGUCAUUUCUUGCUCCGGUAUUCAAGUUGGUAUCUGCACCAUCUGGCUGGGAAUCUCUCCACCCUUCCCUGAAUCCGACAUGCACUCUCAUCCUGGACAGAUCAUCUUGCAAUGUAACCAAGGGUCUGUUGCCAUGUUUUAUGGUGCCCUUGGCUACAUGGGCUUCCUGGCUGCCAUCUCUUUGACCGUGGCGUUCCUAGCCAGGAAGCUGCCUGGGGCAUUCAACGAAGCCAAGUUGAUCACCUUCAGCAUGUUGGACAUCAAUGAGGACUCCAGCCUCUUACCCAACCUCACUCUGGGCUACAACAUCUAUGAGACCUAUUUUGAUGGACGGACCACUUCCGAUGCCAUGGUCGAUCUCCUAUCUGGUGGGGGAAACAAUAUUCCAAACUACAAAUGUGGAAGACGGGAUCACCCGUUGGCUGUUUUUGAAGGGGCUGAAUCUGACAUCUCCAUCCAGAUUUCAGCCAUGUCAGGCAUCUACAAAAUCCCACAGCUCGCCGUGUGCUCCACAUGCUUCGGUGUCUGCGAAGAGGCAGGGAGUCGGAGUGAGCGAGCGCGACUCUACCUGCUGCUGCUGCCCAAGUUAGUAACUGGCCCCGUGCCUCCGAGCAUGUGCAGAGCGCAUAGCGUGGGCGUGGCGUCUGCACUGCAAGCAGCAACCAAGGGCAGGUCGGGGCCCUCCUCGCCCGCCCGCAGCCCGGCUGAGUUGGGCCCGACUCAAGUCCAACCUUAA